CUGUCGGACGAUGCAUACUUAAAGGACCGAGUUGCUGUGGGAGGAAAAGAUGGCGCUGCCCAUGUUAAGAGGUUGCUACCGUAGCAGGCCGCCUUCAGUACUGAUUCGUUUCUUGAAACCUGAUCACGUUGUGCAGCCCCAGUCCAACAAGACUACUCGCCUGGCUCCAACUUUGUCCAUUGGUGUCGUUUCCACAGUCCGAUCUUACAGCUCUGAUCGAGGUGGAGGUAAACAAAACCAGAAGGUGGUUGUGGUUGGCAUCCCCAACCCUUUCAUAUGGUUUCGAACCCGAAUAUACUAUUUUUUGAUUCGGGUUUAUUUUGACAAGGAAUUCAAAAUCGAAGAAUUCACAGAAGGAUCUAAACAGGCAUUCUCCCAUGUUUCAAGACUGUUGUCAGGGAGUCAAUUUGAGUCUCUUGAAGGUCUGGUUGCUAAAGACCUGAUUGCAAAACUGGAAGAGAAAUGUGCUCUGCUCCCUCCCAGCCACCUGCAAGCGCUUUCUGCUGAUCCGGAAGACUUGAUGUACACAACACCAGGGGAUGUUGGCAUCUGUUAUGAUGAUGAUGGGCGGAAGUUUGUCAGUAUUCUGAUGAGGUACUGGUAUCUAACAAGUGCCCGGUUGCCUGAGGAAUCAUUGGAGGGAACACGCAUCUUUCAGGUGGCCAUAGGUGGUGAGGGUGAGCCAGAGACUAAGAGAUUGCUCACAGCGAACUAUGAAUUCCAAAGGGAGUUUACUAAAGGGGUGCCGCCGGACUGGACCAUCACCAGGAUAGAGCACUCCAAGCUGCUGGAUUAAACUGGGAUUGUGAAUGGAGAUUAUAGGGGGAGAUGGAGAGUAGUAGAGAGACAUAGAAUGGAAGACCAUCCUUCUUCCUGACCCUACAAGAAUAUCCCCCUAACUGCUAAAAUCUUGAGAUGCUCCUCAGGAGCAAAAUAGCUCUCAAACUCAAGACCAGAAAAGAUAUGGGGAAUAUUUGGGGCAAACUUUCUAUCUGCCAGAAGUCACAUACUAUCCACUGUAGAAAAAGAGCAAAAGUCAAACAUGUCUGUUCAUAAUUGUACUACUAUACGGAAGUCUGUGUAAGACCAGGUUGUUCAGUUGUUUUGCCCUUGUCUUAGGAAGCACCGCAAUCAAUGAUCAAAACUAGGCUUUGUCAGUUCUGCCUAUAAGGCCUGAGAUUCAUUAUUUUGUUUAAUGGGGAGGAUAGACAAGGGGCAUACAGACAGUGUGAAAAUGAGCUCUGUAUUGAGAUUCACCAUAUUGAGAAUCUAUCUUCGAUCUGCUUCUGUCCACGCUUUGGUGUCUUCAAGUAAAGCGUGCACACAGACUGAAGAAAAUGUCACACUUUAUGUUUAGGUUUCAGAUGUAAACAACAAAAACAUGAUGAUAAUUCAAGCAUGCCCUGAGCAAACUUUUCUCAAAUCUCCUUGUACUCUUGCUUUCACACACUCAAUAGUUAUGUAGAGAGGAUGAAUUCCAACUAUGCCAUAAAAAUUACGAUAGCUACUGUUUCCAUUUCUUGAUGUGCUCUGUCACCAGAAUAGUCCAUCUGAAAAUAAAUGAUAACCAAUUACUGUUGGUGACUGAAAGUAUACAGUUGAAGUCGAAAGUUUACAUGCAUUUAGGUUGGAGUCAUUAAAAACUUGUUUUUCAA